CGGUCCUUCCACGCUUUGAGCGUCGCCCGUGGGUGGAAGGAGCGUGUGACGUGUGCCGGGAGCGGGGAACAUGUGUGUCGGAGCAAGGGAGCACACGCGUGUCGCUCGCCGGUAGCGCUCAGUGGGUUCGGGGCUCCGGUGCCCCGCGGCGCCCCGAGGAUGCGCUCUCGUCCCGCGCGGUUGUCGCCCAUCAGUCGCGCUCUCCCGCCUGUGAUUGCUGUCGGCGCGGGGGGUGUGCCCGCAGUUGACGCUCCGUGAGCGCUCACACACGCUCCGUGCCCGUGCGAGCCCCGCUCCCCGCGCCUGUUCCAUUUCACCGCUGCCAGAAAUCCAGCGGCGACAAGGAAAAAGCCCUCGCCCUACCGCCCCUCCUUGGCGGCGCGGCGGUCCGUGAACCCAGCUGUUUAUCCUCCCCCCGCUCCCUCCCUCCCUCGCCGGCGCUGCCGCGCGCCCGCCCGCGCAGCGGCUCGGCUCGGUUCGGCUGAGCACGGCACGGUUCGGCUUGGCUCGGCACGGCUGGGUUUGGCUCGGCACCACUCAGCACAGCUCGGUUCGGCUCGGCACCACUCAGCACAGCUCGGUUCGGUUCGGCUCGGCUGGACUCGGCACAUCCCAGCUCGGUUCGGCUCGGCGCGGCUGGGCUUGGAUCAGCUCGGUUGGAGCGGCUCGGCUCGGCCCGGCUCGGCCGAUCCCGGCACAUCCCGGCCGGUCUGGGCGCAGCGCGAAGGGGGAGGCGGGCGCUGUUCCUGGAAGAGCCCGGCCCGGGGAGUUGGUCACAUUCUUGGCCGGGAUUCAAUGACUGAGGCAGACACCAACAAACAGAGGGGGGGAGGCGGAGGGCGGGAGGCUGAGCCCGCCUGCAUUAGCUCAGCUCUCAGGCACUCUCAGUCACUGCUGGAAAGAGGAGCUGGGAGGAUGUGCGCGCUCUCACCGCGGCUCCCCACGGCACAGCGAGAGCACCGGCAGAAGUGAGGCAAGGAAGGCGAGCCCGGAGCCGAGGAGCCUCCCAGGCCGAGCGGGGGGACCACGAGGGGCAGCGGAGCCGCUCUUCGCCCGUGCGGAGCCCCCGCGCCGCUUCGCCAGUGCCGGAGAUUUGGGCCUUUUCUCCUGCGUUGUUCCUUGCACAGACCGAGCGUUCUGCCUCCUCCUGCUUUUUACUUUCCUCCCCCGCGCCUUCCCUCGGUGGAUAUGGACAGAAGGGGGAUCACUGCAGAGAAGCAGCAGCCGCCAGAACAUAUUUGAGCCCCGGGUGCUCGGAGCGUGGCACAGACUUUUUUGUGUUUCUGUGGGUGGUGUGUGUGUGUGUGAGUGAGUGUGUGUGUGUUGGAGGUGUGGGAGGAGGGAUUGGUUUGCCUUGGGGUUGGCUGAGGGGGUGAGUGCUCGGAUGAAGACCUCUUUUUGCCGUGAUUCUCUGCUCCAUCGGGGCAGCUUGGAGACUUGGAGGGUUUGAAAUUGUAACGCGAACCAAGAGAAAAGAAAGAAGAGAGAGACACGCAUACAAAAGGAUUUAUUUCCUCUCCGUUAGUGGAUUGCUGAGUGAGAAGGAGGAAAAACACAAGGGUGGGUUGUUUUAUUUUGUUCAUAUUUUUUCCUUAAAAAAAUCCCUUAAGUGGAUUUGCAUCAGGGUGGAAGAUAAUUGGGGAUUUUUGCUGUUUGUUUUGGGAAUAGAAACUAAAAAAUGGAGACUGUAAGUAGAAGCAGCUUCCAGCCUCAUCCAGGACUGCAGAAGACCUUGGAACAGUUUCAUCUGAGCUCUAUGAGCUCCCUGGGUGGCCCUGCUGCUUUCUCAGCGCGAUGGGCACAGGAGAUGUACAAGAAAGACAAUGGCAAAGACCCAGCGGAACCUGUACUGCAUCUGCCCCCGAUCCAGCCUCCUCCGGUCAUGCCUGGUCCCUUCUUCAUGCCCUCGGACAGAUCCACGGAGAGGUGCGAGACCAUCCUGGAAGGGGAAACCAUCUCCUGCUUCGUGGUGGGCGGAGAGAAGCGGCUUUGCUUGCCCCAGAUCCUGAACUCGGUGCUCAGGGACUUCUCCCUGCAGCAGAUUAAUUCUGUGUGUGAUGAGCUACAUAUUUACUGCUCCAGAUGCACUGCUGACCAGCUGGAAAUCCUCAAAGUCAUGGGCAUCCUGCCCUUCUCCGCUCCUUCCUGCGGGCUCAUCACGAAAACUGAUGCUGAGAGGCUUUGUAACGCCUUGCUUUAUGGUGGCACCUACCCUCCCCACUGCAAGAAGGAAUUCUCUAGCACAAUUGAGCUGGAGCUCACGGAGAAGAGCUUCAAGGUGUAUCAUGAGUGCUUUGGGAAGUGUAAGGGACUCCUGGUGCCAGAGCUUUACAGUAACCCCAGCGCAGCCUGCAUCCAGUGCUUGGACUGCAGGCUCAUGUACCCGCCUCACAAAUUUGUGGUCCACUCUCACAAAUCGCUGGAAAACAGGACUUGCCACUGGGGCUUUGACUCUGCAAACUGGAGAUCCUAUAUCCUCCUCAGCCAGGAUUAUGCUGGGAAAGAGGAGAAAGCUAGACUGGGCCAGCUCUUAGAUGAAGUGAAAGAAAAAUUUGACUAUAACAACAAAUACAAGAGGAAAGCCCCCCGGGUCUCUUCAGAUCCUCCAGCUUCCAAAAAGCCCAAAAUAGAUGACUCUGCUUCCCAAUCUCCAGCUUCUACUGAGAAGGAAAAACAGUCCAGUUGGUUACGGUCCUUAUCCAGUUCAUCUAAUAAGAGCAUCGGCUGCGUCCAUCCCCGGCAGCGCCUCUCCGCCUUCCGGCCCUGGUCCCCCGCGGUGUCGGCCGGCGAGAAGGAGCUCUCCAGCCACCUGCCCGCCCUCAUCCGCGACAGCUUUUACUCCUACAAGAGCUUCGAGAGCGCCGUGGCCCCCAACGUGGCGCUGGCCCCCCCGGCGCAGCAGAAGGCGCUGAGCGGCGCGCCCUGCGCCCCGGCGGCGGCGCGGAGCGGCGAGGCACGGGGGGGGGGGGGGGGGGGGCGCAGGCGGCACGGCCCCGAGCACGCCGCCGGCCCCGAGCACGCCGCCAGCACGGCCGCCGCCCCCGAGGAGGACAAGGAGUCAGAAGCAGAGAUUGAAGUAGAAACCAGGGAAGAAUUCACCUCCUCCUUAUCCUCGCUCUCCUCCCCAUCCUUCACCUCCUCCAGCUCUGCCAAGGACAUGAGCUCCCCUGGGAUGCAGCCCCCAGCCCCUGUCAACAGCUCCUACGAGGUGGCCACACACCCUGACCCCCACAGCAGCGGGCUGGAGGCUGAGCUGGAGCACCUCAGGCAGGCCCUGGACAGUGGUCUGGACACCAAAGAAGCCAAAGAGAAGUUCCUGCACGAGGUGGUGAAGAUGAGGGUGAAGCAGGAGGAGAAGCUGAAUGCAGCUCUGCAGGCCAAGCGCAGCCUGCACCAGGAGCUGGAGUUCCUGCGAGUGGCCAAGAAGGAGAAGCUGAGGGAAGCGACGGAGGCCAAGCGCAACCUGCGGAAGGAGAUCGAGCGGCUGCGGGCCGAGAACGAGAAGAAGAUGAAGGAGGCCAACGAGUCGCGGGUGCGGCUGAAGCGGGAGCUGGAGCAGGCGCGGCAGAUCCGCGUGUGCGACAAGGGCUGCGAGGCCGGCAGGCUGCGCGCCAAGUACUCGGCACAGAUCGAGGACCUGCAGGUGAAGCUGCAGCACGCCGAGGCCGACCGCGAGCAGCUGCGCGCCGACCUGCUGCACGAGCGGGAGGCCCGCGAGCACCUGGAGAAGGUGGUCAAGGAGCUUCAGGAACAACUGUGGCCUAAAGCCAGCAGCCAGCCCAGCAGUGAGAGCACCUCGAGCCCCAUGGAGAACUGAGCUCUCGUCCCCCAGCACAGGGAGGGAGAGAUGGGACUGGGAGUGCACGUGUGAGUAGUGGUGUCCUGGCACACACUUUAGGAAUAUGGAUUCUCAGUAGUUGGAAGGCAAAUGUUGUUACUCUCUAGAACAGAAGCACUGAAUUCCGCCUCUUUUUUUUUCCCAAUCCAUAUAGCACAACAUCUUACUGUGCCUAGAAAACACAAAGUGUUUGUAAACAAAAUACUUUUAAGUCCACAGCAAAUUUUCUACUGGCAAACUCCAAGCAAAGCAGCGUGGUCCAGCUAAACCCGGAGUCCAAGGCGGGCACGGCAGUGGCUUUGUGUUCUCCUGCCUGUUGGAACAUUUUGGAAUUUAAAAACAAACCAACUUUUCUUAUAAGCUAUUUAAAA